AAGUCAAGGAAGACAGGUCUAUCUUCUUUACCUCCCUGCACAGCUGCUAUGGCUUCUUGGGAGAGGCUCUUGCAUCUGCUUUAUAUAAUUCUGCCUCACACACCGUUUGCUCUGUUCUCUGUGUAGCUGCUUCUAACAGCAUCUGGCCCCUCUUCUAAUUUACCUAGUGGCCCCAUACAACGAGGACCACGAGAUCUACGCCUAGAGUUCCAAGAGCCUAUGCUGGGCAGGCAGAGGGCAGUUCCAUCCUUACGGCAAGAGGGCUUUUCCAGGAGGGGCAUUUCAGUCAACUCUGAACAGUGAGAUACUCUGCGUCAAGAACAUUUUCUCAUGGAGCCGGAAGCCUUAGAAAUUUGCCUGUAUGAUCCUCACCACCGAAUCCCACUCAGCAGAUUCCAGUACCACCUGGCAUCGUGCAGGAGAAAGAAGCCCAAGAAAGCCAAAAAGAUGGCCAACUGCAAAUACAACGCAUGCCACGUGGACCCCAUCAAAAAUCUGGAGGAACAUGAGGCUGCCUGUGCCAACAGGAGCUCCAUGGAGGAGGAGCACGUCCUUAACCCUCUAAAAGCCAGUCUUCUGAGUUCAAAGCAGAACAGCAGCCCCCUGCAGGUCUCUCCCUGGCUUCCCAAUCCUGACAUCUGGAAUGUCGAUGAUGUUAAUUGCCACCCUAUGUUUGUCCUUAAGACUUUCGUUCCUGAAAAGCUUGUUUGUGAAAGUGACAGGAAAGAGAGAGAAGAAGAGCAGCCCCCAGAAGAUUCUCAGACCAGGAUAGUAAACAGCCGGCAGGAGAAAGAAACCGGGCCUUUGAAAGAAUAAGCAACCCAUCACAAUAAAGGCAUGCAAAUAAACCACACCUAUCAGAUCAGUACAC